AUGACAGUGCGGAAGGCGUCUGAGCUAGACGAGGUGAUUGUUGAGGGGAAGCUGCACUUGACGCCACGCUCUCCGUCUAUGCUUCUCCUACUACCCACCCCCGCACUCCCCUCCUCCCCCAUCCCCCUUCUCCUCUUCUCCCCUCCUCUUUCCCCACUCCCCCGACCUUCCCCCCUCUUUACCCCCGUUCCUUCAGAGCUGACGUGGUUCCCGAACGCCAGCCCGAGCGGAGCAGCAGUUGCUGCUGCAGCCGGGGUUGGAGCCGGCGCAGCACUGGCAGGCGCCGUAGUAGGGAGAGCUCUAGGCGCUAUUCUAGGCUCUCGAGAAGUCUCUAGAGAGGACCCCAGAGAGCAGUCCGGUGGGGGGUCGAAACGAGCCACCCCUGGGACUCCGCUAGGUGGGAGCUCGCCUGUGUCUGCAGGGGAAGGGGGGAGCAGGCGAGAGGCGAAGGCGAAGCGGAACAGGGUGGGGGAGGGCGCGUUUGGAUCAGGGGAGCAGCAGGAUGGAGUGUUUGGUGGGGAGGUUUCUGGGGGGAGCGGGAGGCAGGGGAGCCAGGGGCGCGGAAGCAUGGGAAGAAGCAGCGGCAGUAGCGGCAGUGGCAGAGAUAGGGAUACGCUCCUGCAGCAGCAGCAGCAGCUGCAGCAGCAGCGGCAGCAGCAGCAGUCAUGGUCGAAGCAGCCCCUACCUGGCCAUGGUCCCAGCGGCGCUACUGGUAUGCCUCCCAUGCGCAGUAACAGCGAGCUUCCCCCGCUUCCCUACCGCAGCACCAGCGGCCUUCCCCCCCAGCCCCUACGCAGCAGCAGCGGCCUUGCUGCCCUCUCCGCGUCCACCAAUAGCAAUCUCCUGCAGCGGGCCGCCACGGGCAGCGGUGACCGUUGGAUCUUCCACUCUGGCGCGGAUCGGGACCAGCUAGUGGAGUCGGAUUCGAGUGAUGACUCGGACACAAUGAGUGGGCGGCUGGAGGGCGGGUUGGGGGACUCGUGGGGGAGAGCGCGAGGGGGAGAGGAAGCAGGGUCGUUCAGAGUGGGGAGUUUGGCGAGUCAGGGGUCUAGAGGCGGGGGCAUGAGUCCCGUAUCUGAAGUAGGGGAGCAGGGAGCGGGUUCCAUAUCCGGGAGAGCGAGGGGCGGGUUAUGGCAUGAGGCUCCUCGGCCUAGCAGUGCGGGCAAGUCCGGGAGGUCCCGGCUAGGGAAGAGAUCGCCUAGAGGGUCGUCUCUGGGGGCUGGGAUGCUGGAGCGAGUUGCAGGCGGGACGGCGGACAGCAGAGGGAGUUUUGGCACAGGGGCGGAGAUCAACAGAGCGAGUAAGAGCAUGCGGGGGCUGCCUGUGGAAGGGUUGGCUAGCGCUGGGGCUAGCGGGGCGUGGAGCUCGUCAGAUGGCGAGGGGAGUGUGGAGAGGAGGGGAGCAGCAGCGGUGGCUCAGCCGGUAGUUGUGGGGUUUGUAGGGCCUGCUAGACCGGGGACACCUGUUUCGCUGACUAGACUUGGGUCUGGGGCUCCUGUGCUGCGCCCUGCGACGUCUGGGGGGUUGUUGCUGGAGGAUGUGGGGAAGUAUGAUGACUGGGUGGUGUAUGAGAGUGAGGGGGAGGAGGAGGAGGUGCAGAGUAGGCUUGUGAGAGGGAGGGGGAGAGGGGAGGUGGAGAAGAGGGUGGUGCAGGAGAAAGGGGUGGCGGGGGUUGUGGAUAAGAGGGAGGUGAGGGAGGGAGGGCAGGUGAAGGGUGUAGGAGCAGGAGCGGCAGUGGCAGCAGCGGCAGGGGCAGGGGCUGCGGGGAUGAUGGUUGGGAAUGCGGGGCGGAGGAAAGGGGCAGAGGCGGACGUGUGGAGAGCAGGGCAGGAGGAUUCUGAUGACUCGGACUCUGAAAUCAAGCAUGAGGCAGGCUGGGGGCCUGCCUCACAGCAGCAGCAGCACCAGCAGCAGCAGAACGGAUUCAUGUUCAGCAGCCAAGGGGGAGCGCCUGGGGGUUGGUUUCACCCGGGGGAGGUUCAUCCAGGGGGGAUUCAGCCCCAGUCUGGCGCAAGGCAUGCGCCCCAGCCACCCACCAGUCCCCGACCAUCAUCCCCCCGGCCUCUUCCUUUUGCCUCUAGGUCCCGGUCCCCUGCCCCCGCUCCUCCUCACCCCCAGCAGCAGCUCCCCCCUCGUCCUGUCAGCCCUCCUAACGCCUCCUCCUCUCAGCAUGGCCCUUCGCAGCCCCACCCGUUUUCGUCAGGAGGAUCAGGUAAGCCGCGCAUACCCCCCAUCCCGCCGGCUUAUGGCCACUCCCCUGCGUAUGCCGCGCCUGCUGCUGCGUCUGCUGCUGUGCCGGGUUUCGCCCCACACCCGUUCGCCCCGGGUGGUUCUGCAGCAGCAGCAGGGGCUGUGCCUGGGGCCCAGCAGGCAGGAGGGCAGCAGCAGGGGCAGCAGCAGUCGUGGGGCGGAUCUGUGGCUGGUUUCUUUGCAGGGGCAAGCGCGUUUGUGUUUGGGGCGAAGCAUGACGGGCAUGCAGGGAGGGAGGCAGGGAGGGAGGCAGGCAGGGAGGGGCAGCAAGGGAAGGAAUUGACACAGGCAGGUGAUGCCGCGGUUGGGCUAAGGGACGGGGAGCAAGGGGGCUCUGGGGCAGCAGGUACAGGAGCUGUAGCAGGUGUAGCGGCUGUAGCGAGUGGGGGUAGUGGCAGUGGCAGUGGCAGCGCCAGUGGCAGUGGUAGUGCUAUGCGCCCUCCUCGCCCUCCUUCUCUUGCUAUUCCUGGAGCAACGGGUACAGCCAUUAGCCCUGGUGGUGGCCGCUAUACCACCCAUGCACAGGCAGGAGCGAACGGAGAGGCAGCAGAACGAGAAGCAGCAGCCGCUGUUGCUGGCGCUGCUGGUGCUGCUGGCGCUGCUGGUGCUGCUGGUGCUGCUGGUGCUGCUGGCGCUGCUGGUGCUGCUGGUGCUGCUGGCGCUGCUGGUGCUGCUGGUGCUGCUGGUGCUGCUGGUGCUGCUGGUGCUGCUGGUGUGUUUGCGGAGGGGCAUGAGGCUCUUAUGUCCCCCAUUGCGUUCGUUACAGUGUCACCUGCUAAGAGCACAGGGAGAGGCACAGACGGAGCUGCAUUGCCAGGGGCAGCAGCAGCAGCAGCAGCAGCAGCGGCGGCGGUGCCUGGGAGAGUGAUGGGAGCAGCAGCAGAGAUGGGGGUGAUGAGUCAGCAGCCCGCACAGGGGUACCGGCCUGGGUCGGGGAUUGGUAGUGGGUGGAGUAAAGGGUCCGGUGCUAGGGCGGGUGGGGUUGGUAUAGGGUGGGGGGAGGAGGAGGAGAGUGAGGAGGCGGAAAGUGAGGAGGCGACGGAGGAGACUGAAGAGUAUGAGGAGGAAGAGGAGGAAGAGGAGGAAGAGGAAGAGGAGGAGGAGGAGGUGGAAGAGACGGAAGAAGAGGAGGAGAUGGAGUACAGUAGUGAAGAGGAUAGUGGGGAGGGCAGUGAGGAGGGGAGUGAGGAGGUAACUGAAGAGGAGAGUGUGGAGGUUACUGAGGAGGCAACUGAGGAGGGACGUGAGGAGGAUGAGGAAGACGAGGAAGAGGAGGAAGAUGAGGAAGAGGAGGACGAUGAGGAAGAGGAGGAAGAGGAGGAAGAUGAGUAUGAGAGUGCAGGUGCGUGGGCGGGCAGACCGUUUCUGGCACAGUCACAGGGAGGCACUCCCACGGGCUACAGCGGCAUGAAAACCCCCGAUGCAAUCGGAGGCAUCGUGUUUAUUAACGAGUAUGGCGCCGCCCCGCCCUCCCCUGCUUUGGGUGCUAGUUCAGUGGGUACAGGAGGGGGUACGAGUGGGGCCAGCACGCCGUUGAGUGGGGGAGCUGGUGUGGGGAUGGGUGGGGGGAGUGGGGCGAUGGGGGGUGGAAGCUCGCCUAGUGGGUCGAGCGACGAUGAGGAUGGGACAACUUUGGACGGCACAUGGGACGGCACAAUGGACGGCACAAUGGACGGCACAAUGGACGGCACAAUGGACGGCACAGUGGACAGCACAAUGGACGGCACAGUGGGCGGCACAAUAGACGACAGAACGCUGGAUGGGACAGAGGAUGUGACUCCAAGAGGGAGUGACACUAUGGAGAGGACUUUCACUUUGGAAGAAACCGAGACAGCUGUUAGUGAGACGACGCUGGGAAGGACGUUGACUAGAGAGAGGAGUGGCACUAUUGAGGGGAGUGAGCUUAUAGAGGGGACGGAUGCAAUGGGGCGAAGUAUCACGUUUGAGACAGUGGGGAGGACUAAUACGUUUGAAGGCAGUGGGACUAUAGAGAGAAGUGAUACUAUGGAGGGGAGUGGCACUAUUGGGAGGAGUGACACUAUGGAGGGAACUGAGGCUAUGGGUAGAACCAACACGUUUGAAACGCUGGGCGAGACUGGAACUUAUGAAGGAAGUGAUAUUAUGGAGGGGAGUGAGACUAUGGAGGGGAGCGGUACCAUUGAGAGGAGUGGCACUAUUGAAAGGAGUGGUACUAUGGAGGGGAGCGAGACUGCUGGGACAGCAGACAGAACUCUGACUCUGGAGGGAACUGAUGUUCCGAGUGACAGUGAAAGGGGCGGCCGUAGGAGAGCAGACAGUGACAGGAGCGGAAGUGAGAGGGAUGGUAGCUCAUAUCACGGGGAUAGCUUAUCCGAGGGGAGUGAGGAGAGGGAGGGGAGUGCGGAGAGGGAGGAAAGUGAGGAGAGUGAUGGGACAGAGAGUGUGGAAGAUGGUGACACUAUGGGGGAUAGUGACAGUAUGGAGGGGAGUGAGGCGGUGAGCAGGAGUGCAGCGAGCAGGAGCAGAGGAGGGUACAGUGACGAUGUUGUGCUUAUAGAGGUGGUGACUGUAACGGGGUCUAGAACCAGUGGGACCCGGGAGGACUUGUCGAGUGUGCGGGGGAUGAGUGAGAUUGGGAGUGAGAUGGGGAGGAGUGAGAUGAGUAGGAGGAAGAGAGUGGGGAGUGAGAGGUGGGGUAGUGAUACAGAUGGGACAGAGACAGAGGGGAGUGAGUCAGGCACAAGUGGGAGUGAGGAGAGUGGGAGUGAGGAGAGUGGGAGUGAGGAGAGUGGGAGUGGGAGGAGCAGCAGGAGUGGAAGCGACGAGAGUGAGGGUAGUGAGAGUGAGGGUAGUGAGAGUGAGGGUAGUGAGAGUGCGAGUCACAGCUCAGCAGCGUCUGAGGAGUAUGACUCCCAUUCGCACAGCAGUGAUGGUUCCGAGUCUGAAAGCGGUUCGGAAAAAGGAAGCCUUCACUCUGGCUCCCACACAAUCAGCCCUCAUACAACUCUCACCCGAGGGUCUGCUUCAGACGUUUCUGCGUCUGAGGUUUCAAGGUCGGAAUCUGGUGGGGGAAGGUCAGAUAGUGAUGGGGCGCAGUCAGAGGAAGAUUCUGACGAAUCGGGGUCUGAGAAGGUGUCCAGGUCAGAUUCUCAUGCUUCGAGUCCCAGCCGUGAGCUUGGGACGCCGACGAGUGGGACGCCGACAGGUGGCGCUGCAUCAUUGGCAGAUGCGAUGCGGUCGCCGGGAUGGAAGAGACCUCUCACUGUGAAGGUGGGGGGAGGCUCCCAAGAGCCUAGUUCAGGGGAGGAGGAAGAGGAGGAGGAGGAAGAGGAGGAGGAGGAAGAGGUGGAGGAAGAAGAUGAGGAAGAGAGUGAGGGUGUUACUGCAACUGAGGAGGAGGGAAGCUCGAUUGAGGAUGAGGAUGAAGAGGAGGAGAAGGAGCAGGAGGAGAGUGUGUUUACAGAGGAUAGGAGCUCAGAGGGAGAAGGGAGUUUGGCGAGUGACAGGAGGACAGAGAGUGAGAAGGGCUCGGAAGAGGAUGAAGACGAAGAGGAGGAGCAGGAGGAGAGUGUGUUCACAGAUGACAGGAGCUCAGCGGCAGGGCAAAGCACAGAGAGUGACAGGCGUUCAGAAGGGGACAGGUCAGAUGGUGACAGGUCAGAGGAGGAUCGGAUGUCAGAGGGAGAAGGUGAUACGGAGGAGGAAGGAGGGGAGAAUGUUGGAAGCGAGGAGGAGAGGAUGGCAAAGAUGCUUCGAGCAGAGAGCAAGAGGCGGUUUGAUGCGGUUCUGGGGCAGCUGAAGGGGCAGUUGAAGGUUCUGCUGAAGCAGGAUUCCCAGGGGAGCGGGCAGUCUGAAGGCAGUGAGGGGAUUGGGGAGGGGAGUGAGGAGGGGAGUGUUGAGGGGAGUGAGGGGUUUGAGGGGUCUGAUAGGAGUGGAGUGAGUGUGGGAGAUGGGAGGAGAGAGGAGGAGAGUGGGGAGGGUGAGGAGGAGUAUGAGUCGGCGAGUGAGAGAGAGGGAGAGUCGCAAGAGGAGGAUGAUUAUGGUUCCAGAAGUGAGAGGGAGAGUGAGAGGGAGAGUGAGAGCGAAGGAGGAAGGCAAGAAGAGGACGAUGAGGGGUGGGUGGAGGAUGGAGCAAGGGAUUCGCCGCCCACCACGCCCUCCCUGCAGCCAUCCCCACCCUCCCUCGCGUUCCGCCGCUCCUUCAAGCGCCCCCAGCCGCUGCGCCCCUCCUCCGCCUCGCCCCUCUCCCCGCCGCAUCCCUUUGCACAAGCGUCUCGGUCUGCUGCCAGCACGCCACAGAGCACGGGAGGGUCGUCUGGAGCUUCCACGCCCCGCAGUGCCACCGCUGCUGCUAUUGGCGCCUCCGAUAUUGCUGGCUCUCGCUUUGCAGCUGCAGAGUCGUCUCCCCUUCCCUUGUCUCACCCCCCUGAACCCAUUCCCACCGUCCUCCAUCCAAUGGACCCACGAGCACAUCCAGUUUCCAGUUCUCACACCACCGCCGCUCCCACCGCCCAUGCUACAGCUGCUCCUACUGGCCAUGCUACAGCCUCGCAUCGCCCCCACUCUGCUGCUUCUCCCGUCCCCCCUGUCCUCCACCCACUGGACCCACGAGCGCAGCAGCAGCUGCCAGCAACACAGGUGGCUGAAAGGGCUAAAGGCCUUCAAGCGACCGAAGGGAACGAAAGGACUGAAGGGAUCCGGGAUGGGGUUUUCCCUGUAGGUGCUCUGGUGCAUGGUUUGUCGGCCGACUCUGAUACCAUGUCUGCCGGAUCCAGGCAUGAUGCCUAUGCUCAUGCUGACGCCCUCCCCCAUGCUGGCACUGGUGCUGGCGCUGGUGCUGAUGCUGGUGCUGAUGUUGGUGCGAGUGGGAAAGGCAAGUACGGAGCAGAGUUAGUCCCUCCGGCGUUGGUCCCCGGUGGUGCAGGCAGCUCGCAGGGGUCCAGCCGGCCCGAGUCAAGGGAGUCAACGGAGUCAACCAGGGCGAAUAGUGAGUCACCUGAGAAAGGUGUGUCAGCAGCAGUUGGAGGAGCAGAAAGUGGAGGGUUGGAAAGAGCGGUGGAGAGGUGUGUGGAGAGAGGGGAUGGGGUGGUAGCGACAGAGGCAUGGGUGCUUGCAAGCAUGCGACAAAGAAAGAGGCUUCAAGGAGGCUCGGAACAAGGCUCGGACGAAGGCUCGGAAGGAGGCAUGGGAGGAUGCUUGGAGGGAAGCUUGGAGGUAGCAGCUGUGGGUGACUCAACAGAGCGUUCCUUUAUGGGGGGGCCUGUUGAAACGGGGCCUGCUGCUGUGGUGAGUCUGAUGGAGCAGGGUUCAGCUGCUGUAGGUGCUGCAGGUGUGAGUGUGGAGGAGGGGAGGAAUGAAGGGGAGAGUGAGGGCAGGGAGGAGGAGGGUGGCGGGAGUGAAGCGGAUGCAAGAGUGAGUGACGAGGAGAGUGAGAGUGGUAGUGAAGAAGAGAGUAGGAGCAGUGUGGGAGGGAGUGAGGAUGGGAGUGAUGGUGAGAGUGAGGGGGAAAGUGUUGAUGGAAGUGGACUGAGCGCGGAAGGAAGUGAGGGAAGCAGUGAGACAGGGAGCAGUGAGGGAGAGAGCGAGGGAGAGAGCGAGGGAGAGAGUGAGGGAGGGAGUGGGGAGAGUGAGGAGGAGAGUGGGGAGGAGAGUGAGGGUAGUGUGACGGAGACAGAUGCUGUGACUCGGACUAGCUACUCAGGGAGUGAGGGGGAGGAGACAGAGAAAGAGGAUGGGUCGAGCGAAGGGGAGAGUGGGAGCGAGGAGAGUGAGAGUGGGGAGAGUGAAAGUGGAGAGAGUGAGAGUGAGGGGCAAAGUACCGUAGGAACGACGAGUGUGGUACGGGAGGGAGGAGCGGGGGGUUCAGCUUACGCUGAUACAGAAACAGCAGAGUCAGAGACAGUGGCAGAAACAGAAACCGAGGCCGAAACAGAGACAGAAGCGGAGGGGAGGAGUGAAAGGGCAGGGUUGGAGGUGGAUGGAGAGAGUGUGGUGACGGAGGAAGGGGUGCUGAUAGAGGUGGAGAGUGUGGCGAGUGUGGUGGGGAGGGGGAGUGUGGUGGGGAGGAGUGAGGGAGUGAGGGUGGACAGUCUGUUGAUAGAGGUCGAGAGUGUGGUUGGGGCGGAGAGUGUGGUGGGAGGAGGGAGUGUAUUUGGAGGGGAGAGUGUGGUGGGCGGAGGGAGUGUGUUUGGAGGGGAGAGUGUGGUGGGCGGAGGGAGUGUGUUUGGAGGUGAGAGUGUGGUGGGCGGAGGGAGUAUACUGGGAGAAGAGAAUGUGAUUUUUGAAGCGGGAGAAGAGGCAGAGGAAGCAAGCACUAAGGAAGGAGGAGAGUUAGACAGGAGCGAGGGGAGUGAGGGAGUGGAAGGACAUGGGAGUGAGGGGAGUGAGGGAGUGGAAGGACAUGGGAGUGAGGGGAGUGAGGGAGUGGAAGAAAAUGGGAGUGAGGGGAGUGUGUGGAGCGAACAUAUCAGUGAUGAGGAGGGGUCAGGUGGUGAAAGAGAGAGUGUGGGGAGCGGAAGGGAGAGGCAGGAGGAGGCUGUGAGUGAGGGAAUGCCUGCUGACGUGGCAAAACCUGCUGACGUGGCACAGCCUGCUGACGUGGCCAAGGCUGCGGCCGCAGCAAGGGCUGCUGACAUGUCGCUGGCAGCGCUGAUGGCGAGGACGCCCGAUGCCAGGCCGGUGACUCCGGUGCGGCACAGAACAUGGCUAGAGGUGCUGCAGAGCCAUGCAGUGCUGUCGGAACUGAUGACGGAGGAGGACAUGGGUGCGCUGCAGUUCCUGUGCUCCGUGGACUUUUACAAGUCUCAACACAGCAUGGUGUGA